AUGGCCGGUCCUCACUACGACUUCCUCAUCAAGCUCCUGCUCAUCGGCGACUCGGGCGUCGGCAAGUCGUGUCUCCUGCUCCGUUUCUGCGAUGACUCGUGGACGCCCUCUUUCAUCACCACCAUCGGCAUUGACUUGCUCCCGCGUGGUGGUGCCGUGCUGACUGUGCGCAGCAAGAUCAGGACGAUUGAGCUCGACGGCAAGCGUAUCAAGCUCCAGAUUUGGGACACUGCAGGCAAGUACCGAAUACCGACGCGUCCGGUCCACAUGGCACAGCUAACAUCCAACGCAGGCCAGGAGCGCUUCCGCACCAUUACCACCGCCUACUACCGCGGUGCCAUGGGUAUCCUCAUCGUGUACGACGUGACCGACGAGAAGAGCUUCAACAAUGUCCGCACCUGGCACUCGCAGAUCGAGCAGCACGCGUCCGCAGGAGUGAACAAGAUUCUGAUCGGCAACAAGUGCGACUGGGACGAGAAGCGUGCCGUCACCCUCGAGCAGGGCCGCGCUCUCGCAGACGAGUUUGGCCUGCGUUUCCUCGAGACCAGUGCCAAGGCGAACGAGGGUGUCGAGGAGGCCUUCUUCACUCUUGCCAGGGACAUCAAGACGCGCCUGAUCGACUCGCAGCCCCAGGCAGAGGCCCCAGUGGCCCUCGCUGCCGACCGCGGCGUCAACGUCAACAAGCCGGCCAACGGCCAGCAGAGCGGUGGCUGCUGCUAA